UAUAAUAUGGACGUUGACUACUAUGAGUAUUGACUAAAAAAAGUACAUUUGUAAAGAGUCGUCAUCUUUCCUAUCGCUUGGCAUUUUCAAACCGCCAUUGUUUACUUCCAUGAAUCUUCUUUUCCGUCAUAUCGGAAAAUAAAAAAACCCUCCAAAUCUCUCAACCGCCAAACACACAGAUCAUUCUUAGCUGCUAAGAAUGGAUGGUUAAACUGACCCACGAACACCUGUCAAAAAAAUUAAUCCAAAUGCUUCUGUAUUUAAGAACAUCCUUACCUCUUGGGUUUGAUCCUAAUUGGAUUAACAAUGGCUAACGAGGGUCAGCCAAUUGGGAGAUCAUUUUCUGAAUUUUUUGUGAGUUGGGAAGCUCAACACAAGAUUUAUCUUGACAAACUGCUAACCCAUCAAAAUGAUACAGAAGAAGAUUCACUGAAGUAUUUGGUCGAACAGGUGUUGGGCCAUUACCAGGAGUACUACCAGGAGAAAAGCAAAGCAGCUGAAUCCGAUGUGUUCAUCAUGUUUUCUCCACCUUGGUUCAGUUCUUAUGAGCGCACACUUUUAUGGGCAACUGGGUUUAAACCGUCGAUGGCGUUUCAGUUAGUGAAGGAGACGGUGGGUGUUGAUUUGAACGAAGAACAAAAGCGAAGGAUUGCGGUCGUGAGAGAGGAGACACGGCGGAUGGAGAGACAGAUUAUGCGAGCUAUGGCGAAUGUACAGGAGAGUGUGGCGGCACCGCCGUUCUGUGGGUUGGUGAAACGGGAAGCGAGUUUGGUCGACGGUGAGGUGUCUGAGAUGGAAAAAGCAGUGGAGCAGUUGAAGGCGGCGAUGGUGGCUGUGAUGAAAGAUGCUGAUUAUCUCCGGCAACAUACCGCCGGAGAAGUGUUGGAGAUACUGAGUCCGGCACAGAAGGUGAAGUUUUUGGCCGGAACGUCGCAGUUUUGGCUUCAGUCCAGGAGGCUUGGAAUGGAGAGAGAUGAGCAGACAAAAAUGGAUUUUCAAGAAAAUCUUUUAACAUUUUUUCUGAAUUAAUUUUUUUCAGGAUAACCACUCAUCUUAAUAAAUUGGUUUUGUAACCAUUUCUCUUU